GGUUGUCAUUGGGUCUGGGGUUUUUAUUUUGAACUGACUCUAUGAAUGUGCCUUUUUAAUUAAUAUGGAUAAAAAUGAAGUUUAUGGCAUACACUAAACUAUAAAAAUGACUCAAAUAUGAACACACCAAACUCUGGCCAUGAUCACUUCUUUCCCAACCUCUGCACUGCUUUUGGCCCUAAUCACCCUACCCGUCUGUGCUCUGGAUACUUUCAUAGCUGCUGUGUAUGAACAUGCAGUCCUGUUGCCAAACAAAACCGAAACCCCUGUUUCUCGGAGAGAUGCCUUGCUUCUCAUGAACAAGAACAUAGACAUUCUGGAGACGGCAGUUGAGCAGGCGGCUCGGCAGGGCGCUCAGAUCAUUGUGACUCCAGAGGAUGCACUUUAUGGAUGGAAGUUUACUAGGGAAAGCAUUUUCCCUUACUUGGAAGAUGUCCCCGACCCUCAGGUGGACUGGAUUCCAUGUCGAGAUCCCCACAGAUUUGGUCACACACCCAUACAAGAAAGACUCAGCUGCCUGGCCAAGAACAACUCUAUCUAUGUCGUAGCAAAUAUUGGAGACAGAAAGCCAUGCAAGUCCCAUGGAUGCCCUCAUAAUGGCUACUAUCAGUACAAUACUGAUGUGGUAUACGAUAAAGAGGGAAAACUCGUGGCACGCUAUCAUAAGUACCACCUCUACUCAGAGAUUCAGUUUGAUAUCCCCGAAAAACCAGAGUUGGUGACUUUCAACACCACAUUUGGAAGGUUUGGCAUUUUCACGUGCUUUGAUAUCCUCUUCCAUGACCCCGCCGUGACCCUAGUGAGAGAUUUCCACGUGGACACCAUACUGUUUCCCACAGCAUGGAUGAAUGUUUUGCCCCUUUUGACAGCUAUUGAAUUCCAUUCAGCAUGGGCAAUGGGCAUGGGAGUUAAUCUUCUUGCAGCUAACCUACAUCAUGUCAGGCUAAAUAUGACAGGGAGUGGUAUCUAUGCACCACACUCUCCAAAAGUGUACCACUAUGACAUGGAAACAGACUUGGGAAAGAUGCUCUUGGCAGAACUCGAUUCCCAUCCCCGGUCUUCUCCUAGCUACCCAGUAGCAGUGAAUUGGAGUACCUACGCCGUGGCUCAAGAGCCAUUCCCGCUACAGAGAAAAGCUUUUGGCGGAUUUAUUUCCCGGGAUGAGUUCAAUUUCACAGAACUUUUUGAAGAUGCAGGAAAUCUUACAGUCUGCCAAAAAGAAUUAUGUUGUCACUUAAGCUACAGAAUGUUAGGAAAAGAAGAGCAUGAAGUGUAUGUUGUGGGAGCUUUCACGGGACUUCAUGGCCGAAGGAGAAGAGAGUACUGGCAGGUAUGCACAAUGCUGAAGUGUAAAUCGGCUAGUCUCAAGACUUGUGGACAACCGGUAGAAACCGCUUCCACGAGAUUUGAUAUGUUUUCCCUCAGUGGUACAUUCGGAACAGAGUAUGUUUUUCCUGAAGUGCUCCUUUCUAAAGUGCAUCUGUCCCCUGGAAAUUUCGAGGUGCUGGAAGAUGGGCGUUUGACAAACAAGAAUGGGACACCUGGACCGAUCUUAACCGUGUCUCUGUUUGGGAGGUGGUACACGAAGGAUUCCCUUUACAGCUCAUGUGUGGCAUAAUGAACAGAAGGAAGGAAAAAAUGAGGAUCCGACUGCAGCUCCAGUUUUGUUUGCUGUGAGACUUGGAGCAUGCUUGCGUGGGGUCAAGAGGGAAAAGCAGAAUUUCAGAGCCAUCACGAGCACAGCUGUGCCCUUGAAGAGAAGAGCAGUGAUGGGAAUUGGAAGGGUGCUGGCUGAAUCUCCUUGGACAUUAAAGAACCAUUUGAACUCACCCAGUUUUCUUUGCUAAUGAUUAGGAUGAGAUAGGUGUUUGAUCAGAUGGAAAAUAAUUUUCUUUCUCUCUUUCUUCCCUUCCCUUCCUCUGCCCUCUCUCCUUCCCUCUCUUCUCCUUCCUUU